AUGACCUCUAACGCAGCCCCUGAUACCACUACAGUUUCCAUUAAAACCCUUGUGACAAACACUAAGUCCGUGCCCUCCUUAGUCACCCCAAUAACUGCCAAGCCCAUCACAGGCUCUGAGACCACCUCUUCCUCCAUGAUGACAUAUGUGCCUGCCACAGUCUUCACUAUGACCUCUGAAAUCACCACAAGCCCUAAGGCCACCAUAGAUUCCACUGCAGCUUCAAAUGCCACUCAGAGUCUGUCCAGCAUAGGCUCUGAGAUCACCAUGCCCUCCACAUCAAUAUGUGUGCCCACAAUGGCAUCCUCCUUCACCUCUGAAAUCUCCAUAAGCUUGGAUGCCACCAUAGCUUCUACUACAGCCCCUGAGAUCAUCCCACCUUCCACUACCAUGUCUGUGUCAACCACUUUCUCCAACACUGCCUUUGAGAUCACCUCAGCCUCUGAAUGCACUGUGCUCUUCAUCAUGGUCUCCGAGACUACCAUACCAUCCUCUGAAACUACCACAGCCUCUGAGACCACCAAAGAUUCUGACUUCACCAUGGUCCCUCCCACCACCUCUAAUAUCACCAGAUCCUCCACCAUGGCAGCUCCACCCAUGAUAGUCUCUACUACAGCUUUUGAGUCCACUGUGGCCUUCAGCAUAGUCUCUGAGACCACCACAUCUUCCACAAUAAUAUCUCUGCUCCCCAUAGCUUCUACUACAGUCUCCACAGUCCCCACCAGUGUCUCUGAACCUUUCACAGACUCUUCCAUCACCUCAGUGCCCACCAAAGCCAUUGACUUUUCUAUUCAGUCCAUCACCAACACAGCUAUAUCAGGUGUAACAUCCACUGAGUUUAGCAUACCAGGCAAUACUGAAACCAGAAUAAUCUCUAAUGGGACCAGUACAAUCUCCAACACUAAAUCCAGCACAGUCUCUGGAGGAACCAGCACAGUUGUCAACAUUGGAUUCAGCACAACCUCUGGUAGAACAAGUAUAGCCUCCAACACUGCAUCUAGUGUGACCUCUAAUGGAACCAGUACAGCCUUCAGUACUGGAUCCAGCACAACCUCUGGAGGGAUUGGCAUAGCUGCCAAUACUAGUUCCAGCACAAUAUCUGGUGGUACCAGUACAGCCUCCAACACUGAAUCCAGUGUGAUCUCCAGUGGGUUCAGCACAACCUCCAAUACUGAAUCUAGUACAAUCUACAGUGACACACCUGUCAACACUGGAUCUAGCAUAACCUCUGACAGAACUGGUACAGCUGCCAAAACUGGAGCCAGUGUGACCUCCAGUGAGUCCAGCACAACCACCAGUACUCGAUCCAGCAUAACUUCCAGAGAGAGUAGCACACCUGUGAACACUAGAUCCAAUGAAGCCUCAGGUGAGACCAGUAUAGCCUCCAGCACUAGACCCAGUAUGACUUCUGGUGGCACCAGCAUGCCUGCCAAUAGUGGAUCUAGUACAACCUCCAAUGGGACCAGCACAGCUGCCAACCCUGGAUCCAGUGUGACCUCUAGCAGGACCAGCGUAGCUUCCAACACUGGAUCUAGUGUGACCUCCAGUGAGACCAGUACAGCCUCCAACACUGGAUUCAACAUGACCUCCAGUGGGGCCUGGACAGUUGCCAACACUGGAUCCAGUGGGACCUCCAGAGGGACCAGUGUACCCUCUGACAUUGGAUCUAAUGUGACUUCCAGUGGGACCAGCACAGCUGCCAACAUUGCAUCAGGUGCAACCACCGGAGCCUCUGGCACACUUUCUCCAAAUGGAACACACACAACUUCCAAUAAGAUUGGCACAAGUGCUACUACUCCAGUGAAUGAAAAGACACCCAAUGGGUCCCUGAAACCAUGGGAAAUAUUCCUCAUUACUUUGGUCUCAGUUGUAGUGGCUGUGGGAUUCUUUGCUGGGCUCUUCUUCUGUGUGAGAAAUUCCCUAUUCCUGAGAAACGUCUUUGACACAGCUGUCUACUGCCCUCAUGGCCCCAACCUUGGCUCAGGUCCUGGAGGGAAUCACGGAGUCCACCACAGGCCUAGUUGGAGCCCUAACUGGUUCUGGAGGAGACCAGUAUCCUCAAUAGCCAUGGAGAUGAGUAGGGGAUACAAUAGGCCCUGA